AUGCCAUCUUCACGCCAAAUUCUCUCCGUCCUCACCACUGCUGUGCUCACAUCUUCGGUGAACGCGGCAUUCGGACCAGCCUUUAGCACCGGUCCUGUUGGAACUGGCUCUUGGAUCCGUGAAGCCAACUCGACACUCGUACUCCCGAAGGCUCCAACUGGAUCGUCAGGCGAUACUGCACUAUGGGUUGGAAUGGGAACUUCGAAUGGUGACCUAAUCCAAUCCAUCGCGGAUAAUGUCAACGCAGAUGACUGGGACAUAUACGCCUACACGCUCGUGAGCACAUCUGAGACCACCCAAAUGCCGAUUCAGACGGAAGGAGAGAGGGCACAAGAGGCAGACAAGAUUACCAUGUACUACAAGUUUGACGACGCAACCGGCAACUAUACACAGAUCGUUUCAGUCAAUGGCCGACAAGUGUCCACGCUGUCAACCGACGACGGCCAAGCUAUGGGAUGGGGCAGCGCUGUCGAGUGCGCUGCGGAGGACUGCGGUACCGUUGCGGCACACAAGUGGAUUGAUACUACAAUCACACUGGACAAGGCGGAUCCCAACUACGACCAGACCAUGGGAAAAGCUCAGGGUGUCACUGGCGAGAUGUCGACAAGUGAUGGUGGUGUGACAUGGACAAUCACAGAUAUCGAGAUUCCCGAAUUCACCUUCGGCUCCCUUGUGUGGCUUCGAUGCUGCACACUCGUUCUGCGGCUGCCCACGAUGGUGGUUUUAGUUGAUCUGGACGACGAUGAGCCGACCUCAUUAGAGAAUCCCCACCCGUCUUCUGGCCGGUUUAACGCUAAGCCGUUGUAUCACUCUCUUGAUGCGCCGACAGAAGGGAGCGUGACGGCGGGCUACGAGAGGCCGAACCCGAAUAUCAAUGGAUUCAGCCAGGCACUGAGCUGCUAUCCGAUAGUCAGCCAGCUCGCCGCUCAGCUCGACCUCAACACGCUGCAUGACCUCUCGCGUACUUGCAGGCAGUUCCGCGCCAACCUACUCGAGUAUCGCAGCCAACUUGUCAAGCACACACUCCAUUGCGAGAAUGAAGACAGCGAACUCGGCGAGAAGCUGGAGUCGCGACUGCAAGAGGGGCGACACGGUAUGGUCCUGGAGAAUAGACUGACGACUGGUCGCGUCGGGAAGUGCGCACGCGAUAUGGUGGGCGAUUGUCAGCGGUGUGGAGAUAUUGUGUGCCGAAACUGCACUAUGAAACCUCCACCAACGCCCACACUCCGUGCGCGCCAUCGUCGACUGUGCCGGACAUGCGCCAAAGCGCCCCUCCCACUGCUGAUGGCUGCACAAAAGCAGCGCACGUUGUCAAUGUCGUCGUCGUCGUCGUCGUCGCCACCUGGGUCCCCGGACACACAUCCAGUGCUCUUUGACGGUGACAAACCGAGAGCCUUCACAGCCCCAGCUUUCGAACGUACGCCCUGCAAUUGCGACAAUGUGGUCUGGCUUUGCGCGCCAUGUGGCAAGGACCUGCGAAAUGCAGACACCCACUAUGUCCGCGGUUGGAGCUAUCGCACGACGUACACUCGCAUGCUGGGCGGCUUAGGCGUUGGGUUUGGCGAGGGUAUCGAGGGCGUAGAGUGCGGGCGAGGCAGUGCGUGCUUGGGUUCACGUAUUGUCGAGCACGAGACCUGCGAGCAGAACCUCUUGGACACUAUCGAGAGAUCGCAAACUCCAGAGUCGCCCGAACGCUGGAGGGGUUCUUGCUACCUCACUCAGGAGAUUGAAGGCAUCGGCGGGGUACUAAAAGUCAAACACAAGAAACAGGUGCGCGUUGGAGAGUGUGUCAAGCUAUACGAAGAUGAGAAGACCAAGUCGAUCCAAUAUCUCGAGCGCGAGGUCAAAGGUGAGCUCAGAAGCUGGUGCUCCUGGUGUGAGCGUGUCGUCCGGAGCAAGAAGGACGAGGCCGGGGUUGCUGGCAACAGACCCACGUCAAGUGGCUCAAGCUCAUCUUCGUCUAGCAAGCGAAAAUCCUCGUACUAG